AUGGGCCGCCUAUCAGAAAGAGGAGCACGGCCAUGGCGCUCGUCGGAGGGACUGGUGACCUUUGCAGUCGCAUUUGCAGUGUUUACAGACGGGUUGGUGUAUGAUUUGGUUAUACCAUUUUUACCAGAGCUCUUCACGGGUCGGCUGAAGACACCUCCAGAAGAUGUCGACAGCUGGGCUGCGUUAUCUCUCGAGUCUUUCGGAAUGGCACUGCUUAUCACCAACUGGAUUGCUGGAUACAUUGCCGAUGGCAACGUCUCAAAAAGCCGGCCGUUUCUUGUCGGCAUUGGCAUUAUGCUUAUUGCCACCUUGCUCUUCUUUCUCAGUGUAGAUCCAUACCUCAUCAUCUUCGCUCGUGCUCUGCAAGGAGCUUCCGAGGCCCUCGUAUGGGUGUCUGGCAUCGCUUUUCUAGUCUCGCAGGUGGACGAAGCUAAUUUAGGAGUGUGUAUGGGUUACACGACGUUGGGCGCUACAAUCGGCGAGCUCAUUGGGCCUCUACUUGGGGGCUACCUAUAUGAAAAGCUGGGACACUGGGCCGUGUUUGGUGUAGUAGAGGUAGUGAUUGCGGGCGACAUUGUUCUACGACUCCUAGUCAAAGAAAAAGAAUCGGGAUCACAGCAGCAAACCCUAGUGGAUGCGGUCAAGGGAGUUUCCGAAACAGAUGCUUUGUUGGCUAACUCGGUGGCGGUAUCUCACGGAACGAUAGACCACAUUUCAUCGACAGAUCUGGAACAUGGAGGGGAUGACGACCGAUCGGCACUUUCUGGUACGACCGAAUGCGAUGAUGAUGUAGCAGCAUUGAGGACUCUGGGAUGGAAUUGGCUCUCCAGCGUCAUCGGUGCCGCCAUAGCAUGUGUCGUCAGAUCAGCUUUGGAAGCUACCAUCCCAAUCUACGUUCUUCGACAUUUUGGCUGGACUUCGUCUGCCGGUGGCGGCGUCAUGUUCGCCUUGCUUUUCCCCAUGGUGGGCGGCCCUUUGGUAGGCAAAUAUACCACCUUGAACGGCCCUCGAUGGUUCAGCACCAUAGCAUCGCUCGCAUGCGGUGUCUUCAUGGUCACUCUAGGCUUUCUCACCGGAGAUGAUCAUACCACUCAGAUCCUCUUUGUGGUCAACAUCGGGUUCAUUGGCCUCUGCAUCUCUCUCGGCACAACGACGCAAACAACCGCCAUUUCUGCAGCCGCACAGAGAGCCGAGGCUUUAAGAAGCCGAAUUCGAGCCAGCGGCGUGGAAUUAAGUUGGGAGUUGAGGAUGCUGACCCCCGGCAUGAUGCUGAGCGGCCUGAGUACGGCGUGGGCCUUGGGCCUUUUCCUUGGUCCUGCUUGUGGAAGCUUUUUCCACUUUAACACGAACCAAGAGUGGCUGCAUUUAUGCUCUUUCUUGGGUGUCUUGUGCGUCAUCACGGGUGUCUAUUGCUCUUUUACGUGGAAGAAGUGGCGGUAA